CUACUUUCCUGAGCAACAGUCGAUCGCAGUCUGCAUUGUCUAUUAACCAUACACUGUUUGAAGCUUCAUCGGGAAUACAAACACCAUGCGCUCUUCAAUUCUCUUUGCUGCCACGGCUGGUACCGGCUCUUUAGCCUACACAAUUCCUGCCAACCUUCAAGCAAUCUAUAAUGCUCAUAAGGCAGGAACUUGCGCCACUCCGCUCUCGGGAACCUCUUCUUCGGGCGCUGUAUUCUGUGGAGAUAUCCCAAAUGCUAUAUUCUUGAAGGGAAGCAAUGGAAACUAUGACAAUAUGGAUGUCGACUGCGAUGGCUCCGAUGAUAAGGCUGGCGACUGCUCAAAUGACCCUACUGGAUAUGGCGAGACGGCGUUCAAAGACACUGUCCAGUCCUAUGGCAUUUCAGAUUUGAAUGCCAAUAUUCAUCCAUAUGUCGUUUUCAACGAGCCACCAUUUUUCAACCCCGAGCAGUAUGGCAUGAAGCCGUUGAGUGUAAUGGCUGUUGUUUGCAACAAUCAAGUGUGGUAUGGUAUCUGGGGCGAUACCAACACAGAGCCGACAACAGGCGAAGCAGCUAUUUCACUUGCACAGCUGUGCUUCCCUAACGAGGGUCUGAAUGGCGACUUUGGACACGGCACUAAGGAUGUACUGUACAUUGGGUUCGUUGGCGAUGAAGCCGUGCCAGGCAAGAACGGCGCCAACUGGAAAGCAACCAAUGUCUCAGCCUUUGAAUCCAGUAUCAAAGCAUUGGGUGAUUCGCUGGUUCAGAGUCUUGGGACCUCAAGCGGCGGUGGCUCUGGUGGCGGCUCUGGCGGCGGCUCUGGCACCUGCUCCUGGGAGGGCCACUGCAUCGGCGCCUCCUGCGGAUCCGAUGAUGACUGUUCGGACGACUUUGUUUGCUCCAAUGGCAAGUGCGCAUCAAACAGUGGGAGCGGAAGCGGAGGUGGCACUGCCCCCCCUCCAACCUGCUCCUGGGAGGGUCACUGCAUCGGCGCUUCUUGUGGAUCUGACGAUGACUGCUCGGAUGACUAUGUUUGCAGCAACGGCAAGUGUGCGGCGUAGGUAGGAGUUGGACGUGGCCCCGUCUAUUUGUUUCGUAGUAGUCGAGGGUAGUACAUGAAGCUCAAUUUACA